AUGGGAAUCGAAGACAAUUCGAUCGAAUUCCGUAUGGAAACAGAUCGAUACACAGGGAAUCCGGCUGAUUACAUCGACGACGCAGCUGAGGCGUUGGAGACUUUCGAGGUUGGUUCUUUUUCAUCUUCUGAGGAGGUUGUGGUUUGUGCUGUGUGUAAAGAUGCAAUGGUGAUUGGUGAAAUUGGGAAGAAGCUUCCUUGUGGACAUAGUUACCAUGGGAAUUGUAUUGUGCCAUGGUUAGGAACAAGGAACUCUUGUCCUUUGUUUUGA